UCGAUAGUCGUAUUUGCACAUCACUAGUGUGCAAAAGAGUAACCACUGUAAACAAAACAAAAAUACAUUUAAAAUCCGUUUUUUACAAGUUCAGAAAAAGAGAAGUCACAUCUACGACAGGACAAGGAACAUAAGACCAAUUUACCGUGGAAUAAACAUAACAGCGAUAAUUAAUAACAAAGCGAUUAAGCAGAAAAGCUUCUCAUUCAAGGUCCACCGAGGGCAGUAGUCUAAUCAAAACAAGUAAAAUGAGCAAUAGCGAGGAUUCGCAGCAAUAUGUCAAGGAGGAGGACGAGGCCUCUGGCGACGAGUCGGAUAAACAGGAUAGUGGGAUUAUGCUGCGCGAACAGGACCGCUUUCUGCCCAUUUGCAACAUAAUCAAAAUCAUGAAAGUACCAGUGCCGCAAAAUGGGAAAAUAGCCAAAGACGCCCGCGAGUGCAUCCAGGAAUGCGUCUCCGAGUUCAUCUCCUUUAUCAGCAGCGAAGCUAUAGAGCGCAGCGUGGCCGAGAACCGCAAGACGGUGAACGGCGACGACCUUCUUGUUGCAUUCAGCAACCUCGGAUUCGACAACUACGUGGAGCCGCUGUCCAUCUACCUGCAAAAGUACCGAGAGUCGAACAAAUCGGAUCGAAAUCUCUUUUUGGACUCCAGUUACGCCCAAAAUGAAGAUGCCGGGUCCACGCACGAUGGGAAGCAGUAGUCUCUAGCUUACCAAUAGAUACUAGAUGAAAAGAUAUCUUCUUACUAAUUAGAAUACAUAAUACCUCUUGUAUGUAAUUUUUUUUUUAACUCGGCGGUGUAAAUCAAACUUUUUUUGUCGGCUAUAAUAGUUUCCAGAUUAGAUUAGAACUUAUUUUAAGUUGUUAGUCACCUAACCACACUGCAUCCAGUAAGCUUAUUAGUUUAUAAAUUCUUAAAUUUUUGUUCAAAAUAUCCGAAUAUGUUUUUAGUGGGUCCUUGGGAUAUAGAUUCUCUCCCGGUAAGGUUUGGUUUUUGGUUCGCAAAACUACAUCUCCAAAGAUUGCCCCUUUUUGCCGAUAAAGUAUAUCACUUGCAAUGCCCCAAUAAGUAUAAGAAUAUUUGUUUUCCAUUUUUAUGUUUGUAUAUUUAGUAAAACACCAAUAAAUAUUGGGGUCAUCUACAAGUUA